GAUUUCGCCCGGUCAAAACCGCCCGACGAGUGCGUGCUAAUUCCAAAACGUCACCGGUCGUGUUAUACGUAUAAUAUUAUAAUACUGUACACACCGAGACCAGUUUUUGUGAUCGUCGCCAAAACAUAACACGCCUAAAACGAAACGCGUUUAGUCGGCGGUCGUCGUCGUCGUUAUUAUUGACGAGAACAACUCGUGGAGCGCAGAGGUCACGCCCACGACAACAACAAUAACGCGCAUUGACAUAUCGUCAUGAUAUUAUGAGGCCAUUAUAUGCAUAAACGUUUCGAACACCGAUGGGUCUCGCGACGAUCGAUAAAUCGCAAAAAGAUACCGUCACGGCCGCCGUAUCGGUAGGGUUCAUCGUCGUCACGAUUCACUCACAACCGCGGAUUUAUAGAGAUGUACGCGAAAAAACAGUUUUACGACCGAUAGUACGCCAUUUCAGCAAGUAAAGACAGUGAGGUAUCGAUGUUUUCUUUCAAUACCAAUUAUGUUCUACGUUGUUAUGCCGAUACUCUUACUAUCGUAUGGAAUCAAAAUAUGUACUCGUAUUACAGUCGUAUCACAUCCGAUUAUAAUGUUAUUUUAUCGUUGUCUAAUGAAUGUUGGUUAUAAAGCAACACUCUCGGGGAAAGUAAAUAAGCAAGUCCGGUGAUACUUCCCUUAAUAAUUAAAGCAGCAAGUCUAUACAUCUAAGGCAAGUCUCUGUAUGGGCAACUGUUGGACUAUUGUGUUUGUGUAUAAAUGACUAAAUGAGUAUUUAUUUUCUAAGAUUUUCCCGAUUUCAAUCUUUGUCUGCUGUAACACCUCCGACGACGACGAUGUUGAUGAUGAUAUAAUAAAUGUAUAAUACAUUUUGAAAACAUACUAUACCUGUCGAGUUUCAAGUUUGUAUAAUGGAUGAUGAUGCAUUAUUCAAUGAGGCCCGAGAGCUUGAAAAAAGAUUUAUUCAAUUUAAACAAUUUUGGAAUGAUUUGAUCCAUCAAUCAGAGUUACUGGACAAAGAAGAAUUGUCUAUGAGUGAUCAAUUAUCUAAAUUGAAUUUAAAAAUAGACGAUUUACAAAUAACUAAGAUUGAACUUGACGAACUAAGGUGUAAAUUGGAAAAAGAUGUGGACGAUUUAAUUGACAAGAGUAAACAAUAUGAGUUUUUAAAUACUCAUCUUGAAGCUCUGAAUCAACGCAAGUAUCUAUUGGAAAAAUAUUCAUUGACAAAUGGAUUGGAAUUAGAAGAAAAUGCGUUAAAAGAUAAAAUAGAUGAUGUAUGGAAGUAUUUCAACAAUAAAAAUUCUAAAUUGGAUGAAGAAAUUAAAGUUCUAGAACUGAAAUUAGCUAAUCGCCAAGAGAUAGUUUCUAAAAUGUUUGAAAAAGAAUGUAAUCAAUACAAGAAAUCUAUAGAGAAACUUAAGGAUGAAAACAAUGUAUUAAAUAAAAAAUUAAGCUUGAUUAGUAAGAUCAGAGAAGACUCAGAUGAAUAA